CUGCGCAUGCGCCACGCGGACUCCGCUGCCCUCCAGACAUGGCUCUGCUGCGUCGCUGCCGUUUCCUCCCCGUUAAAUGCCUCUCGCUGCCGCCGCUAUGUUUGCGCAACGGCAGCGCGCCCCUGCGUUCUUUGCGCAGCCAGCGCUCCAAUGGCUUUUCCUCAGCAGCAGCAGCAGCAGCAGCAGCCCACCUGAUCUACACUGAGGAGCAUUUCGCCCUGAGGGAGUCCCUGAGGAAGAUUAUUGACAAAGAAAUCAACCCAUUUGUGGACAAUUGGGAAGAAGAGGGACAGUUUCCAGCACACCAUGUUUUUAAAUCUCUGGGAAAAGCAGGAUUUCUUGGAGUUAACAAGCCAACUGAAUAUGGCGGCCUGGGCUUGGACUUCUCCUACAGCAUUGCAGUGGCAGAAGAACUGGGAAAUAUUCGCUGUGGAGGUAUUCCCAUGGCAAUUGGAGUGCAAGCAGAUAUGGCUACACCUGCCCUUGCAAGAUUUGGAUCUGAUGAGCUGAAAAGAGAGUUUCUAGCCCCAACUAUUGCUGGAGAUGUUGUAGCCUGCUUAGGAGUCAGUGAACCUGGGGCUGGCUCAGACGUUGCAAGUAUCAAAACAAAAGCUGUAAGAAAAGGAGAUGACUAUAUUGUAAAUGGUGGCAAGAUGUGGAUUACCUCUGGGUGCCAGGCGGAUUGGAUGUGCUUGCUGGCAAACACAAGUGAUGGACCUCCCCACAGGAAUAAAUCUCUCCUCUGUCUGCCAAUGAAGUCACCCGGUGUUCACAUUGCUAAGAAGAUUGACAAGAUGGGCAUGAGGUCAUCUGACACAGCACAGAUCUUUUUUGAAGAUGUCCGAAUUCCCAGUAAAUACCUCAUUGGGGAGGAAGGAAUGGGUUUUACGUACCAGAUGUUGCAAUUCCAAGAGGAGCGCAUGUGGGGAGUAGCCAACAUUUUGGUACCGCUUGAAAAUGUGAUAAAUGAAACGAUUGAUUAUACACGCCAGCGCAUGGCAUUUAGUCAGCCAAUACUUCAUAACCAAACAGUGCACUUCCGCCUGGCUGAAUUAGCAACCGAAGUGGAGCUCCUUCGUUCCUUGCUCUAUCGGGCAGUUGCUUUGUAUAUAGAUGGCAAUGAUGUGACUAAAUUUGCAUCUAUGGCUAAACUAAAGGCAGGACGUCUGGCUCGGGAGCUUUCAGACAGUUGCCUCCAGUUCUGGGGAGGAAUGGGGUUCACCAACGAGGUAUCAGUGAGUAGACUUUACAGAGACUCAAGACUGUUGUCCAUAGGAGCCGGUGCUGAUGAAGUCAUGCUGUCCAUUAUAUGCAAGUACAUGGACACAUUGCCAAAGAAGCAACGCCCAUGAGUCCUUACACAGUUGCCUGUUUUUUUUAAUAAACUGCAACUUGAUUUUUAUGUCAGGAAAGAAUAUGUAGUAAUUUUAAAAUGGAGCAUCUUGAUUUUUUGGCCAUGUGGAUAUUCUACCUCAUCUAUGACAGCCCAUAAUUCAUAACCACUACCUGGAACACAUAAUUUGACCACAAAUGUUUCCAGCCCUAUUGAUUGCCAGGCAGGAUUCUGGUCUAUUUCCAUGACUUGUGCAGUAUUUACAGUGCUAAUAAAUCUAACACAAGAAAACCAGAGCAUUAGCAUUAACACAAAAUUCAAUGAAAAAUUGUACUGAGCCAUUCAACAACUCUGCGUAGAUUAAAAUAUUUUCUUUUCCUAGAAAGUUUUUGUGGCUAUACUUUUAAUUGCUAUAAAAUGAAUACAUCUCUUGUUUCAGAAUUCUAUAUUGUGACAGGGCCAAAUUAGGAUUAUCCAUUACCCAAUUAAGAAUAUCAAGCACCAACGUGGCCUCUAAAAUGUCUGUAUGAAAGCUAUCAUUCUACUGACUUCAGUGAAGAUUCCUGUAAUUCAUUUUAAAUGACAGAGUACUGAUUGUGUACCUUAAUGUGUGCAGUAUACUAGGCUGAUCAGACAUAAUUGUUUAUGGUUAUUGUUAAUGCAGCUGUUUUAGUAGAGAAGCAAUUAAGAUGGAUAAUUCACUAACAUUAACACUGCUUCCCUUCUAAAAUUUUGUCUCAUUGGUAAAGCAAAUGUAAUUUGUUAUUAUACCUGACAAUCAAGAAGUAGGAAUUUACUUCCAGUAAGAAGGAAAAUUAAAACUCUGCAUAAAUCGAAGAACCAUUUUGCACUUCUUCUGUAUGGAACAAAACGGUUGUAUCUUAUGAACAGAACAAUGGGAACCAAUAUUUUACUUUACUAGAAGGCUAAGGAACUGACAGGUUGCAAAGAAAUUUGCUUCUAAAAUAAAAUAUUUGCAUUUUGGGCACUCUGA